GCUGCUGUGGCUUGGUGAUACUUGUGUUUCACUGCUUUACGCUCAUGGCACAAUUUCUAACCUUUUAUACCUUUUUACUUACUGUACAUCCUCCAGCAAGAGAGAUACUAUAUUUCUAUUUGUGUUACAAAGUGUGAAAUGGAACUCAUCCAUGUUUCCAAAAUGACAAUCUGUAGUGGUUUACAUUUAUGCCAGAUGUCUGUUAUUAAAUUUCAAUUUCCUGUCGGCAAGGCCUGUGUCUUUGCAAAAAAAAAGUGGAGAAAUAGAGAACAGUUUCAUCCGUCAAUAAAAGUGUCUGUUUCAUAACUCAGAAAUGUGCUUGUGAAAUUAUUGUGGAAUUAUGGUGUUUCAACACGUUCACCGUGUUAAUUAAACAGGGGUGAUUUCAAGCCAAAGAACAUCGCCACCCAGAACAUACUGACUAAACAUAUUGACUCAGUGUGAGAGUGGGGAAAACAUUUCCAAUGGUUCUGAUUCAAAGAGAGCAGUAAGACAAUAUAGCAUAAUGGAAAAUGACAGUGGGAAAGUCUACAGUGUUUCUUUUUAGUUAGUGGUUUAGGUGGGAACUUCUGGGGUAUCCGGGGUUGUUUUAUACAGUACAGGAACAAUAAGUCUGCUGCAUUUGUAAAAAUUUAACUUGUGUUGAUACAGAACAUGUGUAUGUGUGUGUUGUUUUAAAUGCUUCUUGAUUAUUCAAGGUAGGAAUCUGGUGAUUUUUAAUGAAAUUCUGUAACAUCACUGCACAAUACAAUAAAUGUGAGGGACACCUUUCUUAAAGCACAACAAUGUGCUAACUCUAGAUAUAAGCCAUUAUCCUUUAUUAAAUAAAUACAUCAAAAAGAGAUAUAGUAAUAGGGAGGGAAUAAAAAGGUAAACAAUUUUUAAGAUAACUAAGGUGUGAGUAAUACAAUAAGCUUUAGUCAAUAACAGGAAAAUAAUGUUUACAAUUAUCAAAACAAUGUUUUACAAAUGAGUCAGCUGCGGAUGUUUUUUGUUGCUUUCUUAUCAUGAAAGAAAUCUAAAAGCUGUGCUAGCUCCUACUUUCCUUGUGGAAUACAAAUCUAAAAAGGUAAAAAAAAAAAAAAAAAACUACUUGGCAUAUGUUUCAUAUGGAUUGAAAAUGCACUCAACACAUUUGUUACAACAUGUUUGUUUCCAGACUUUGGAAUUCCCUUUCUGAGGAGAUCCGACAUGGCAAAGCAGUGCUUCAUUUUAAAUCACUCCUCAAAACAUACUCGUAUAAAGUGGCUUUUGAUUCCGAUGCUUUUAUGUUUGUUUAUUUUGACAUUUACUUUUUUGUGUUUUGAUUCAUUCUAUUGAUUUUAUAUACAUAUUUGUAAUUUGUAAUUCAUAGCUUUUCUCUUUUUCAUGUAUGCGCAGCACUUUGUAACUCUGUUUUUAAUAAAAUGAUACAUAAAUACAGUUAUUAUUGUUAUUAAGUUCUGCAGUCUUCAGACGGAGACUCUUAGACUCUGAUUUCCUCCUAUUGUCAGUUUCAUAUACCAAAUGACAUCACCAACAUAAACAACAACAGAUGUUGUUACGCUGAACUGAAUUUCUUAUUCAUUCACUCUCACUAUGGUCUCGAUCACUUUUCCUUGGAAGUAGCGAAGAAGUAGCACACCCUGCAGAUCACAUUUCAUUCAUUCUAUGAGGAUGUUUCUCCUGUACUGCGUCCUCUGCCUGAUGUCUUCUACUGGCUACAGUCAGCUUCCAGGACCUCCUGGUCCUAAAGGUGACCCAGGACAUCCUGGGCCAGCUGGGCCAGUUGGGCCAGCUGGGCCACCUGGGAGACCUGGUGGGUUGCCAGGACCGCGUGGACCGCCUGGACCGCCUGGACUGCCUGGAUCUGCUAUAUUCUGUGGACGAGGUCUCUCUGGUCAGGAACUUGAAACCUUAAAGAACAGCCUCGCUAAGUUAGAGCUGGCCACGAACUAUGACUUUGUCCGAAGAGUUGGUCAGAAAUACUUUGUGUCCUACAAGAAGAGAGACUCUUUCUCUACGGCCGUCGAGUUCUGCUCCCAACGAGGCUUAGAGCUGGCUUUGCCCCAGAACGAGGAGGAGAACAACAUACUCACUCAGUUCUUUGGGGACGAUAACAAAACAGCCUGGAUCAACGUCAACACUAACAAAGCUGAGGGGAAUUUUGAGGUUGAUAUGAAAAAACAACCUCUGACCUUUACCAAAUGGGGAGAAGGGCAGCCAGACAAAUCCAUCCAGAAUACAGGCUGCACCAUGCUGUCAGAAAACGCAGUCUGGAGAGUGACACACGAUUGUUCUCUUAAUGCUUACGUCAUUUGUCAGAUAUAGAAAGUUGUUGUAUCCUUGCAAGUCAUGUUUUAAUGUUGCUUUAAACAAAUAUACAGUCUCUUAUAAUAUCCAGUGAAUCAAAAAUAAUGACCGUAACUUUAUCUUUAUCCUCAUUUUGAUGGAGAUAUCAUGGAAACUUCUUCCAGGUCCGGGUUUAGGAACAAUAACUCGAUGUAAUAGUUUCCCACCACCAUCCUUGUGAUGUAUCUUAAUCCCUCUUUAAAAAAUCCCUCUUGAUUGCAUCAGCAAUGUGGCAUUAUUACUCUUAUAACAUAAUAACAUAUUCCUCUACUAAAAAGAAUUUAAGCAAAUGAUUAUGCUAAUACUUUACAUGGCUAUGUAAAGAGUGUAAGAUCUUUUCAAAUGGGGUGUUUUUAAAGCAUAUAUGACACAAUAAAGCAUACAGCAGUGA